AUGGAAACGACUCCAAAAGAGUCGAGACAAAUCGACCUGUGGACGUCGGAAUUUAUCACUUUCGCCGCUGCGACUAUCUUUAUCGGAUUGCGCCUGCUGAGUCGACGGCUGACGAGGAUCGAAUUCUGGUGGGAUGAUUGGUUUGCAUUGUGUUGCUAUGCUGUGGCUAUUGCUUGGGUAGUCAUUAUCCCUAUCUGGAUUAAAGAAGGUCUUGGUCUUCACAUCCACGACGUCGACAAUGGCAAGACGAUACCUGAAAUCUUGAUGAAGAAUGCCCUUCUCCUCUACGUUGCCGAACUAUUCUACGCGACCGCCCUAUUCUGCGCCAAAGCCUCCAUCCUCAGCUUCUACUGGCGCAUGUUCCGAGUGACAAACAUUAAGCUACCGAUUCAAAUCCUGGCGUGCAGUGCUCUGAUCUGGAUCGUCAUUCGAACCUUUAUGGGAAUCUGGCAUUGCGUGCCUAUCGAUCGAUUCUGGAACCCAACUGCUGGAGGUGAUCAAGGAUACUGCGCUAUUGAAGAUAAAAAGUUCUUCUUUGGUACUAUUCUCGUUCACGUUGUUCUCGAUGUUUGCAUUAUUGCGCUUCCCAUUUUGCAAGUUCGAAAAUUGCAGUUGCCUACUGCGCAAAAGAUUGGUAUCUCGCUCAUGUUUGUCUUUGGUAUCGUUAUCUGUAUAUCAGCAAUGGUGAUUAUCGUCGCUUCAACUCAAUUUGAUGCCAAGUCUGAGAACCUUACCUGGAACUUGACAACCAUUGUUAUCUGGGCUUCAGUCGAAGUGAACCUCGUCACUGUAUCGACCUGUCUCCCUACCGUCCGACCAGCCUGUAUUUACCUCUUCACAUGCACAAACCCCAGGUCCACCAUCAACUCUGGCUCCAACAGCUACGGUCACUCAUACGGUCGAAGCCACGGUCGCAGCCAAACCAAGAACACGAUUCGUCUUUCAACGCUUCCCAACAACAAGGAUAACGACGAGUCGAGCUCGACACACCAACUAGCCGAUUCAGACCGGGAGCGCCAGUCAUCAGACUUUGAGAGCCACGCUAUGGAUCGAUACCGAGGAAACGUGGCUACUGUUACUGGACCUGCCCACGGACGAGACGAAUCGGAAGAAUUCGAGGUUGGAACGCCUUUUGGGGGGAUCAUGGUUAAGAACGAGACCACUGUGAGGGUUUCGAAUGCCCGGCCGAGAUAG